UGUAUCUUUCACCCCCUCCCAUUCUUGUCUCCUGUCUUCGGACGGAUCGACUUGUACCGGAGCCGCUCUUAAAGGAGCCAUGCACCAACAGAGAGACCCGUCUCCUACCGACGGGCCCUUUCCAUCAUUUUGAUCCAGAUAUUGUUUCUAGGUUGAGAGAGACAACCCAAGUGACUCCACCAUCUCAUUUUCAUUUCCUCUAUUAUCUGUUCCCAUCUUUUUCACGCUAAUCUUAUCCUGAUGGAGGAGGAGGCGGCCCAUACCUCUUACAUUGGUGGUCGUGAAGAUGUGGAAGGUCUGCCAUACCAACUUUCAUCCUUGAGCCAUGGUGAGGCAUGUGCCCCGAUCUCUUGCCCUGGGGGUGUUGAGAUUGUCCUUGUGGGUGAAGGGGUUUCAAGAGAGAGGACUUUUCAAGAGAACAGUGUCAUUACUUCUUUAUCACGCAUGGGACCUAGAGAUGAGAGCAGACAAGAUAUGAGACUGUCCAUCCCUGAGGAAUCGGAAGGUAUUGCAUGUGGCAGCAUUAUGGAGAGGCAAGAAGAAGAAAACCUCAUUCCUGCUUUAGCCACUCCCAAAUUCACUCUUCCACCUCCUGUGCAUCGCCUUAAUCCUCACACACCUCCCACUUUCAACUCUGCAUGGAACUUCCAGUCUUCAGAAUCUCAGGAAGAUAACAGUGGAGUUGGAGCUGGAGGAGUAUCCUCAGAGGGGCAGUACCUACAUGAUAGAAGAUAUGAAUGGACAGUGGGUUUAGAGGAGGCAGAAGAUCAAUCACGGCUUAUGUCAGUACCUCCAUCUAUCUCUCUGCCAGUGUACAGGAGGGCCCUUGACUUUGGGAAGGGGCAAGGACCUUGGCAGGGAGGAAACUAUUCUGAAGAGGAUGCACAAGUAGAAGUGGAAGAAGAUGACGGUGAAGAGGAGGAGGGAUCUGUCUACACUUGCAUUGAGUGUAGCAUCUACUUCAAAAAGAAGGCUCACCUUUUAGAGCACAUGUUCCAGCACUCCCAAGAGGGGGAGUCAGAAGGAACACAAAUAUGUGAGGGUCCACAUACCUGCGGAGAAUGUGGUAAGGGUUUUGUGGAUGAGGAAAGCUUGGUAUUACAUGGGCGCCUCCAUCAGGAAUCCAGGCAAAAGAUUAUUGAGGAGAUCCGUAAGCUAGAGAAUUUGACAGAUGAAGGCAGAAGUGCCCGCCUACAAUGUCCAAAGUGUCUUUUUGGCACCAACUCUUCCAAAGUCUUUGUCCAGCAUGCUAAAACUCAUGUUAAAAAGGGGGCUGGAGAUAGUCGAGGGUCCAUAAAGUCUUUCCAGGAAACACCAGAGAUUGCAGAAAGUAGUGUGGUAUCAAAACAGGAUAAUGAUAGGAAACGGAAGAGUACUGAGAUAGGAGGAUUGAAUGAACAGAGAUGGAGAGUAGAAGUGCCUCAAGAGACAGUUAACAGAGCAGAGCAAAGUCUGGGCAAGUCAAAAAGGAAGGCCUCUCCAAGGCAAAACAUGGAAAGUUUUUCACAAGAUGAGCUGGGGUUAGAUGCUCAGCAUCCUAGAUCGGAGAGAAGCCCCUGCAUUCCACAGACUGCAGUACAACUCAAGUGGCGAUUCCGAGAACUUUUAAAGACUGUAGAAUGGGAUGAAGAAGGACAAAAGAGACAACUGAGAGAGGAAGUGGCCAUUGUAGUCUUGGGGAAAAUUGGUCUUACAAAGAAAAAGCCAAAAGGUCCUCUUUCUAGCUACAGGAAGAAGCUUAGAGAUGAGAAAGGUAAUGGUAAAACCUUGCCUAGUAAGACCUCUUCUAUUGAUAUUGAAUUGCCCCAAGAUGUUUGGGAAGAAGAUGACGACAAUGAUGACUUGCCUUUGGAUAUGCUACUGAUGGACCCUAACUAUGAGAAGCAGCUAGAGGCUCUUGGACUCAGGAGUGAAGAGCGGGAGUGCCCAUAUUGCCCUGAUCGUUUCCACAAUGGAAUAGGCCUGGCUAACCAUGUCAGGGGCCAUCUGAAUCGUGUUGGUGUCAGCUACAACGUACGACACUUUAUCUCUGCUGAAGAAGUGAAGGCUAUCGAGCAGAAUUACUCAUUCCAGAAGAAGCGUAAAAAAGUGGCGAACUUUGAUCCUAGUACUUUCAGCCUGAUGCGAUGUGAGUUCUGUGGGGCUGGCUUUGACACACGUGCUGGCCUCUCCAGUCAUGCUCGUGCCCACCUACGAGACUUUGGCAUCACCAACUGGGAGCUCACAGUGUCUCCUAUCCAUGUCCUUACUAGACUUCUGGCCCGCUCACCUGGCCGUCCGCUGCCCCCCUUCCCUCCUUGGCAUCAGGAUGCUGACGCAGACGUGAUUGGGUCAGAAGAGGAAGACAGAACUCCACUAGAUCUGUGGCGUUCCCAAAUUUCGAAACAGGAACCUGGGCAGGUGGAAAAGAUGGCUUCAGAGCAGAGCACAGGGAGGAAUGAUGAUUCCAAAGGCCCAGGUCAAACUACAUGUGAUGUAUGUGGAGCAGGCUUCGAGACGCGGAAGGGCCUGUCCAGCCAUGCACGCUCCCAUCUGCGGCACCUUGGGGUGGCAGAGUCGGAGAGCAGCGGGGCCCCGAUUGACUUGCUGUACGAGCUGGCCAAGCAGGGUAAACUGCCACAAGAAGAGAGCAUGUUGGGGGCCAAGAAGUCAGGGAGCCCCCAGCCAGGAUCCCCCAAAGCCCAGUGGGUGGACGAGGAUGGGCCCCUCAAUCUGACCAUGGAAGGAGAAUCUGGCAGAGAUACAGACUGCCAGUUUUGUGGUGCCUGGUUUGAAACUCGAAAAGGUCUAUCAAGUCAUUCUCGUGCUCACCUACGCCAACUAGGAGUUGUAGAUCCAGAUGCUAAAGGCUCUCCAAUUGCUGCCCUCAAUGCUCUUAUUAAGACUGAAGAAUUCAAGAAGCGUCUUGCUUCUGGGCAUGUACCUGGUGAGGCUGGUACACACACUAAGAGUUCUGACCAUAACACCUCAACAAACAGAAAUAGCAGUGCUUCUUCAAAGCUUUCUGAUUCUGGCACUUUUGCCAGGGCAGCAGAAGGAACAGCAAAGGCUAAUGAUGGUGCUUCUUCCAAGAUAUCUGAGGGCGGUGUCAGGUUUUAUGACCGUAAUUUAUCUUCACAGAAUUCUAUCCAUUUUAAAAGUCCCAGUGGGAGUGGAACGAACAGUCAUACAAAACUUGAGUCUCCCCGCGGGUUAUCACAUGCGGGUGGUUCUCAUUCAAAGUUAGCCAUAUCCGGUAAUGCCCGCGUGAAAUCUGAAGCGGGAAACUCUCAUAGUAAGAUGGCUGCAAUGGGGACCCACCCUAAGGCUUCACCGACAGGCUUUACCCACCACAGACCAUCACCUACUAGCACACCACCUGCCAAAAAACUGAAAGCAUCUAAAGCCAGCAUGGACUAUUGGUCAUCCAGUAAUUCAUCUACCCCUCUUAAUCUGUCCCCGAGUUCGGAGGAAGUCCGCUGUGAGUUCUGCGGCGAAUUCUUUGAGAAUCGCAAGGGACUAUCAAGCCAUGCACGCUCCCACCUGCGCCAAAUGGGUGUCACAGAGUGGCAUGUCAACGGUUCGCCCAUCGACACCCUUCGGGAGAUUGUUGCCAGUGGAACCUGCCCCAGGCCAGGCAACAGAAUUGCAGGCCCCAGCUCGGAGAAGAUCCAUCCUCCUCCUUCUUCCCCCUCAGGCUCAGGUUCUUACAGCAGGUUGUCACCAGCCCUGCAGAACAAGCCACCUCGACUCCCCUCCUAUCCGGCUGGAGAGUGGCCCUCUGACCUCUCACCACUAAACUUGUCCUCUCGGGCAGAUCCAACACGGGACAUUCGUUGUGAAUUCUGUAAUGAGUUCUUUGAGAACCGCAAGGGCCUAUCAAGCCAUGCACGUUCCCACUUGCGUCAGAUGGGUGUCACAGAAUGGCAUGUUAAUGGCUCACCAAUUGACACUCUACGAGAUAUUAUCCGUAAGAAACGUCCUCCACCUCCACAACUUACCAACAUCAAAAAAGAGCCGAGGGGAGACAGAAACCCCACUAGCCCUUCUCCUACAAACUCUACAAUUAGCAUGGGACAUUCUGGGGUUAACCGUGAAAGUCCUAUUUCACCCCUUGGGGGAAGACCUCACAAUAACUUCUUGCCACCUUUGUCUCCUAAGAGACCUGCUCCUCAUGAACCAAGGAUGAGCCAGUCUGAGCCAAAGAGUUACUUCCACCUAGAGCCAAAGUCCUGUAGUCAGUCUCAAACAAAGACUUUCAUGCAGGGUGAGAAUAGGCCUAAAGCCUUUAUGCAUGAUGAUGGCAGGCCAAGGUCUUACACACAAGGUGAUGGAAGACCUAAGACUUUCCUCCAAGGAGAGGGCAAACCCAAGACUUUUUCCCAAGGAGAAAACAAACUGAAACCGUUCUCCCAAGGAGAGGUCAAGCCCAAAGUGUACACCCAAGGAGAGGGCAAGCUUAAAACUUUCCAUCAAGACGAGAUUAAGCCCAAGGUAUAUUCACAAGGAGAAGGCAAGCCUAAGGCAUACAUCCAGACGGAGCUCCCAUUUAAAGUCAAAGUGAAGACAUCUCCAGAGAAAACUACAACUUUGGAAGCAUGCUGUGAACUUUGUGGCCUUUAUUUUGAAAAUCGAAAAGCGCUUGCAAGCCAUUCUCGUGCUCACCUUCGUCAGUUUGGUGUUACUGAGUGGUGUGUUAACGGUUCCCCUAUUGAGACACUGCGAGAGUGGAUGAAGCAACGCCCUCAGAAGGCUGGUGCAUAUCUCAGCUACAUCCAGAGUGGGCGUCCCUUCUCCAAGAAGUUCAAGCGCUCUUCACACACACCCAAACAGGGAGCAGCAGAGAAAGAAAGCCAAGCUACUGCAUCUGGCAAGACAGAGGCUGACUGGACACCAGGGGUUGCAAUUGAAAAGUCAGCAGAAGGGCAAGGGCAGAAGACGGAGCGUCGGCAUCCUAAACCUCCUGAGGUUCCUCCUUCACGUGAAGAUGGUGCUCUAGAACAUACUCAAAAAACUGAGGAACAAAGGCAACUGCAACGAGCUCGCCCUGUUCCAUCCUUAGUACCAAGGCCACCUGCAACAUCAUUGGUCAAAUUUGUCGGGAAUAUUUAUACCCUAAAGUGCAGGUUCUGUGAUAUCCAGUUCCAGGGGCCACUUUCUAUUCAAGAGCAAUGGGUUCGUCAUCUGCAGCAUCACAUAUUGGAAAUGAAUUACUCAAAGCCUCCCAGUCCACCUGUUCAAUCCUCCCCAUCACAGCCGGAGCCUGCUAAAGCUUUAUAGGUGUCCGCACCCCAUGGCGCCAGUAUUAUUGACAGAGUUGUAUAUAAAACAAACUUGACUAAAAGGCAAUGCAGUAUUCUGCCACAAGAGGAAUUACAGCCAAUGGGAUCUUAAGGAUUAUAAGGACUGUAAAUGAUCACGGUAAAGAGGAGAGCAGGGACACUGUACCAUCUGGAUAGUCAGAUGACCCUUUGCAAGAUAUGACAUUAAACUUAACUAUGGUGCUUUCUGGUGUUGGAUCUAUCAAAUAUGUAAGGCUUGUAAGACUAAAAGUGUACAUUUCAACAUAGAUGUGUCAAUAAGGAGAACUGGAGUAAUGUUAAAAUCACUAGUGGGCAUAACCAACAUCUAGAGUAGCUCUGAGUUAUGGUCAAAUCUGUUAGUUAUAAUAUAAAAACUGUCAAUGACAUUUAUGCUGUUUUGCAUCUGUAGAAUUGCAAAUGGACUAAUUAUGGCAUUCAUGAGCAUGUCUGAUCACUAGCGCCAAUAAAAUUGAUAUUGGAAGGUAA